CAAUUUUACUAUCCGAUCCGAGUUUAUAUCGGACCCGAAAUCUCUGAACUUCGAACAUGAAUUUGAUACAGCGCUUUACCACUCUCGUCCUUAGUGAUAGGCUAAAAACCUCCCUCAAACCCCUCUCCGGCCACCGGUGACCCCCGGCUACGGCGGUUCGGAUACAUCUUAUCAUACUCCUCCUCCAUUCCGGCGGCCGUCUUUCUCCAUUUCUACUUUUAUUUUCUGGUUUCUAAACAACAUAUAUUCUCUGCUUCUCGAGAAUGGCUUCUGGUUUAUCUUCAAGUUUACCUCGGAUUGUUAGUUGCCUCCCUCCCCGCUACUGCCGUUCGUAUCUUUUUCUCUUUCCUCGUUCUUACCACUCUUUGCGGAAACUGCCGAAGAAACCGUUCGAAUUUCGUUGCAGUCGUUUAAAUAGUCGUGUUUUGUGUAACUCCGCCUUCGAACGCCACUUCUCCGCUCGUGCUGCUUCAGAUGGAAAUAGAUAUGGUGAAGAUUCGAUAGACAAAUAUGAUGUGAUAGUGGUCGGAGGUGGUCAUGCUGGCUGUGAAGCUGCCCUUGCUUCAGCACGUUUAGGGGCAAAAACUCUUCUUCUGACGCUUAAUCUUGAUCGUAUAGCAUGGCAGCCUUGUAAUCCGGCUGUGGGUGGACCAGCAAAGUCCCAGCUUGUACAUGAAGUUGAUGCACUUGGUGGUGAAAUUGGAAAAAUAGCUGAUAGAUGUUAUUUGCAAAAGCGUGUCCUGAACACGUCAAGAGGUCCUGCAGUUAGAGCACUACGUGCGCAGACCGAUAAGAGGGAAUAUGCUAUGGAAAUGAAAAAAGUUGUGGAGAGUACAGCAAACCUUUAUGUUAGAGAGGCAAUGGUCACAGAGAUUUUGGUGGGUAGAAAUGACAAUGUGGAAGGUGUUCGUACUUUUUUUGGGAUGAACUUCCUUGCCCCUUCGGUGAUCCUCACUACUGGUACUUUCAUGAGCGGGAAAAUAUGGGUUGGUAGAACUUCAAUGCCUGCAGGAAGAGCUGGUGAAUCAGCUUCACAUGGGCUGACUGAAAAUUUGCAGCUUCUUGGAUUUGAAACUGACAGGCUGAAAACUGGCACACCUGCUCGUGUGGACAUUCGGACAGUAGCUUUCUCUGGACUGGAGGCCCAGCACGGAGAUGAAGAGGUGAGCUGGUUCAGUUUUGAUCCUGAGUUUCACAUCGAAAGGGAACAGAUUUGCUGUUAUUUGACUCGAACAACAGAGAAAACACACCAGCUAAUUAAGGACAAUUUGCAUGAGACUCCUACGUAUGGAGGAUGGGUUGAGGCCAAGGGACCUAGAUACUGCCCCUCAAUUGAAGACAAAAUUGUGAGAUUUCAAGAUAAAGAUUCACAUCAAAUAUUUCUGGAGCCAGAGGGUAGAGAUGUUCCUGAACUCUAUGUACAGGGAUUCUCUACUGGUUUGCCUGAGCGACUGCAGCUACCACUCCUCAGAUCGUUACCCGGACUUGAGAAUUGUUCAAUGCUGAGGCCUGCAUAUGCUGUUGAGUAUGAUUACUUGCCUGCUCAUCAGUGUCACAGGUCCCUUAUGACUAAGAAAUUGGAAGGACUCUUCUUCUCAGGUCAGAUAAAUGGGACAACAGGUUACGAAGAAGCUGCUGCCCAGGGAAUACUUUGUGGAAUCAAUGCUGCUAGGCACUCAGAUGGGAAGUCCCUUAUUGUUCUUGAGAGAGAAAGUAGCUACAUAGGUACUUUAAUUGAUGAUUUAGUCACCAAAGAUCUCCGAGAGCCGUACCGUAUGUUAACAAGCCGCUCAGAAUAUCGUGUACUUCUACGAUCUGACAAUGCCGAUAGUCGUCUUACACCUCUUGGACGUGAAAUCGGUCUGGUAGAUGAUAGACGAUGGAAAAUGUACCAGGACAAGCAGGCUCGAAUAGCAGGGGAGAAAAGGCGAUUAAGUACAGUGAAGAUUUCAGGUGGAGAUCUGGCUGCCGAAGUUACUGUUCUAUCUUCUCAGCCUGUAAAAGACUCAUCGACAUUGGAGAGUCUUCUUAAGAAGCCACAUGUCCAGUAUAAAGUUCUGGAUAAGCAUGGUUUUGGAAAUGAGCUCCUGUCUAGGGUGGAAAAAGAAUGUGUGGAGAUUGACAUCAAGUAUGAAGGUUUUAUUGCUCGCCAGAAAGCCCAACUGCAACAGAUGGUCCAUAAACAACACAAACGACUGCCGGAUGACAUAGAUUAUUAUGCAAUGACAACUCUUUCUCAUGAAGCACGUGAGAAAUUAUCGAAGGUGAGGCCCCAAACAAUUGGUCAAGCCAGUAGAGUUGGUGGGGUUAGCCCUGCUGAUAUUACUGCACUCCUGGUCGUUCUUGAGACAAACAGGAGGAAAGCUGAAAUGAAAAUGCAACACCAGUCAAUUCCCUCCAUCGUUGUAGAUGACAUUCAACAGUCAACUGAAAUUGCUGUAUAGUAUAGGAACGUUACCAGAACGCACUUUCUUGCUUUGCUCCAUUUUUCUAUUUUCUAGUUUUUUUUAAUGCUAAAUAAACAGAUAAUGCUACGAAUUCAGAUCUAUGGCUUGGUGUAAAUAUGUAAGAGUUGAAUUCAAUUGAGAACCCUGUGAUAAAAGGAAAAUUAGAUCGAUCAGUCUACAAUUUUGUUUGCCAGGAGCUUGUUUCGAGAAAGUGGAAAUGUUAAAAGAGUUUGAAAAGGUACCUACGAACUUCUCAAGUUUCGGUUAUGCUAUAGUCUGAUGAUAAUUCAAAGUGGCAUAUAUUUUUGGUUUCUGGGUUUUCUGCUUAGCACCUUUUUUUUUUUUUGCUGUUGGUUUCUGAAGCAGAACUGCAGAAUGGAAGUAUUAUUGAAAUUUGUAUGAAAAAGCACUCUUAUCCCGCUGCCUCUGCAUUACAUGUGUUGUUUCACUUUCAAGUUUUGCUGUUUUUGGCGAUUUCAAAUGAGAGUGUACACAGAAGUAACAAUGGGACUGCAUAAAUUUAGAUGGUACCACAAUACAUGGAUUAUGGAGUUCAAAGUGUGAUACAAGUGCUUUAUAGUUUAUACUUGUGAAAGUAACGAAGUUGAAGAAUGAUAUCAUUAUCUUUCAGUAAGG